AUGUACAUACUCCCGCUUCUCCUCUCCAUCUAUGUCACUUCUACUGUUGCCUUUCCUUGGAUAGCGAAUCAGCCUGGUGUGAACCCCAGCAUCUUCAGGAACGCUCAUCCGGUCGAAAAGCGCCAGGAAAACUGUCCUUUCAAUCCUGAUCAUAAGGGCGCUGCUCCAUACACAGAGCCUUACACCUACACAGGAGCAAAGAAUGGCGUUCCUGGUAACCAGAGAGGUGGUAUUAAAGUUCCAGCAGACGGCGAUACUGCCCAUGCUUACACCCCUCCUGGACCCAAUGAUAUUCGCGGUCCAUGUCCUGGUCUAAAUGCGCUCGCAAACCAUAACUUUAUUUCUCACGAUGGAAUCACAAACUUCCAAGAGCUUGUCGAUGCUCAGCAAAACGUCUUCAACGUUGGCUAUGAUCUAUCCAUCGUCCAUACCGUGCUGGGCAUGCAAGCUGGCGGCGAUUUUAUUACUGGACGCUUGAGUAUCGCAUGCGAUGCUACAUCGCGUACAGCCCUCUUUCCUGCUCUUGCCCGCCAGCCCGGUCUCAAUGCACACAACAAGUUUGAGGCUGAUUCGUCACUCACGCGUAACGACUACUUUCUUGCAGAUGGCGACAAUUACAGUUUUAACGGUACGCUGUUUGCACAGAUGAAGAAGGUUGCCGAUGAAGUCUCUGGCGGAAAGUUCGAUCGCAAUGCUCUUGCCAAGUACCGUAGCGACCGGUACGACGACUCUGUAUCCAACAAUCCAAACUUCCUUUUCAGUCCCUUGGCAAUAAUCCUCUACGGAGCCGCAGCCUUCCUUUACGAACUCUUCCCUAGCUACGGUAAUAAAGGCACUCCCGAUCUCGAGACAAUGAAGACUUUCUUCGGUGCCGUCGAGGACCCUUCCGCGCCAGGAGGCUGGCAUCAUGUCCCCGAGCGUAUCCCCGAAAACUGGUUUUCGCGCGUUGAGCCAUACAGUGUUACUGAUGCCGUGACCGAGAUCCUUACCAUGUAUCUUCAAUACCCCAAGCUGUUUGGUGGAAAUGUCGGUACUGGCAAUUUCAACGCCCUUAGCACGCCGUUUGAUAUUAUUCGCGAUGGAAAGCUACCGGAUGAGGUGACGGUGAAGGAUAUGAUGUGUUUGCUGUACCAAUUGGCCGUUAGCCCGGUGCCUGGUAUGUUCGGUGCUGUGACUGAUAUCACUGGUGCGUUCUUGAAUUUUGCAACUUCGAAGCUGAAUCCUGCGUUCAAUAAUACAGGAUGUCCGCUUAAGGUUGGGUGA